AUGACCCUGGCCGGUCUGGGAAGGAUCCUCGCGGUCCUGGCGCUGCUGCUCGUGGAAACCUCCUGGACGAGGGCCAAGCCUCAGCAGAUCAAACCAGGAUGCAGGUACGAGGGCCGCAGGUACCAGGAGGGCGCGUCGGUGGUCACGUCUGAGCCUUGUCUGCAGUGCAGGUGCGUCGAAGGUGGGCUCAGAUGCCGUCUUCGGGUUUGUCCACGAUUACCCAGCCCACCGCCCUCGGGUUGUCGCGCUCGUCCACCGGGAGAGAACGUCUGCUGCGCGGAAUUGGUUUGCGGCGAGACACGGGACUCCGUGAAUAUUUUACGAAGAUCGAACGUUCGUGUAGAGCAGGAAGAAACGUACGAGGAGGAUUAUCAGAAUUCUCGCUUUCAAGGUUGCCUGCACGAGGGGGUGAGAUACGGUCCAGGUUCAGCGAUGAUGGGCUCCCGCAGAUGCGAGUACUGUUACUGCAUCUCCGGUGCAAGAAGAUGCAUCAGACCGAAGUGCCUGUUGCCCCUGCCAGGAUGCACUCCGCUGUACGCGCCGCACUCAUGCUGCCCGGUUGCCUACAAUUGCACCCAUCUCCACUCCUCCACCCUGGCGCCGGUCGUGGGAAACGGGUGUCGCGUGGGUUCGCGAGUGUACGAGGAGGGCGAGAUGGUGAGGGACAUCGAGUGGAAAGCUGCUUGCGACAAUUGCUUUUGCGCGAUGGGCGCGGUGCGUUGCGUCCCGUUGGCCUGCGCGCCGCCUCUUCAAGGCUGCAGCCCCAUCGUACGCGAUGGACACUGCUGUCCAUCCACCUACAACUGCAGCGGUAGCAUCGAGGUUAAGGCCACCCAGAACUACGCCUCGUACGCGUUCAUCAGCAAGGACUACGCCAAGUUCCGCAAGGAGACCAAUUUCUUUCCGGCGGUGGAGCAAAUAACGAAUCCACCGGUCGAGGGACGCGGUCAUCGAGUGGUCGACGAACGGAUCGAUUCAAGCACGACGGAUCGCGAGGAUUCCUCGAUCCCCACCGAUCCCACGUCCUGGCCAUCCACCUUCGAGACCGACAUCAUGGACAACGAGAUCCUCGUGGAGACGGUGGACUACGUGAAAUCCAGCCCAGAGAUCGCCACCACGACGCCAGCGUCCCUGGACGAGCUGACCAGCGUGGACGAUUCGACGACCCUGGAGUCGACUCUGGCCAGCAGAGAAGACGAAUUCGCGAACGAUCUGUCGACCACGUUUUCGACCAGCACCGAGGGAUCGACGAUCACCACGAUCGAGGAUCUCUCCUCUGUGGAGGACGCGACGACGGACCGGACCACCCCGUUACCGGAAGCCAUCGGAAACGAUACGGUAACGGAACCAGAGGACACCAAGAUCAACGCAACAGUGAGGAACAAGAACACCGUCUCGAAUCUGACGGAUGCUGCGUUCAAAGAAGACCUCGAGCACGCAAACUUCACGAUCGAGCCGUCGGAGACAAUGGAGUCCAUAACCAAAGGGGCCGUCAGCAAAACGUCAUCCAGUGUACUAAUGCCGGAUGACAUCCUGGUGAUGAACGUGACUGUGAAAACGAACGUCUCGGUGGGUCACAUUCAGGGUGUCACGAUAAACCCGAUUAGGUCAAUCCCGCCGGACGUGGAGGCCAUACUGAACAUCACUCAUCGAGAGAAGGGGGAGGACUACGAUUACGAUUACAGCGAGCCUACUCUGCCGCCGUCGCUACCGAAUGUCAGGAUAAUUCCGUUCGUGGCGGCGGACGCGCUGGUGAAAGACAAGACGGUUCCGUCGCCUGUCACCGGAUAUCCUUCCGGUUCGGUGGUCGUGCCACCGGAACUACGACCGACCGACACUUCUGGAUUUUACGAUAUCGCCACUCAGGAAAACAGAUUCAGUCCGCCGGUCGAGACCGAAGGUGGCUUCGUGCCAAGGGAACCGCCCUAUUUCGACGCCCCUUAUCAUUCCACCGAUUUGAAUCUGGAAAUUGGAACAGCCGUCACUGUUGUUCCAGCACCGAUCACGACGAAUCCUCACCGUAAAAGCGAUGGCAGCAACUGCCUGUUCGAAAGUAUGGAGCACCGUCACGGCGAGAUUCUGCCCAGCAGCAAUAUCUGCGUGAUAUGCAUGUGCUACUACGGCGAGGUGGUGUGCUCGUCGGAGAAGUGCCCGCCCCUGAAGAUCGGUUGCCGAAGAAUGAACACCGAGGAGGCCUGCUGCGGGAAAAUCGUAUGCGUGGAGGCGGAGGAGUCGCCUACGGUGGUGUUGGAUCGCGCAGACGCAACAGCCCCGUCUCUCCACCAACCGAUCGUAUCGCCCGAUCCGUUUCGCGACGUGAUCAAGACGGAACCAGCCCCCGACCUGCCCUCCCUCAUCGAGGACAUGAUCCCCUACCUGGUGGAGCACGGAAUCACCACCCCGAGACCGACCACCACCGCCAGCACGUCGAAGCCUUUGCAAACCCAAGGAUCCAAUCACCCACAGCACGCGUCCAACUUCGAUUACAUGGACAAGUUGCCCCUGAUCCACCCACCGUACGAUUACAGGCCGGAAGAAGCCCCCGACAGGUUAAUCUCCAAGAGCAAAUACGCCGCCAAUCAGGACAACCAUCCGAAAGAACCAGUUCCAUCGAGUUACGGCUCAAAGAACACCGAUCAGACGCCCAGCCACGUUUCGGAAAGUGUCCUGGGAACUUUCGAUUUUGAUAGAAUCAGCUCGCCGCCGCUGGAACGUACCACUGGGGACCCGGAGGAUCGUUCUUCCAGCAACGUCACGGAUCCUGGAUCUCUUAAGUUAAACAACUCCAGGGACGAGGAAGUCUCGAACGGAUCAAUGUCCAAGGACUCUCCGGCUAAAACGGACAAUACCAAGGUUUCCUCCACGACCAGCAAACCUCUCGAGGACCCGGAACCGAUCUUCUCGCUGGACAACGUUUUGGAUCUGUUGUUCGCCUCCGACAACGAUCCCAGCAGCGAGAGUAUCAGGACGCAGAGUGUCUCCACCACUGUUGCUACCACUACACUCGAAACGAAGAACGUCAGCGUGUCGACGGAGAGCACGAGGAAGCCUGUCACGGAAACUGGAAGUCCCUCGAAGCUCCUGGAGAACGAGAUCCCCGUCUCCGUGGCCAGUCUGCUCAAGCUGGCCGGGUGCAACAUCUACGGGAGGAUGUAUCGCGUGGGGAGGAUCAUCACCGAGCUCUCCGGUCCUUGUCUCGAGUGCAGGUGCACGGAGAUCGGCGUCCAAUGCAAGCAGCUGCAGUGUUGA